AUGCAGGCGCGCUACUCCGUGCCGGACCCCAACGCGCUGGGAGUGGUGCCCUACUUGAGCGAGCAGAACUACUACCGGGCGGCGGGCAGCUACGGCGGCAUGGCCAGCCCCAUGGGCGUCUACUCGGGCCACCCGGAGCAGUACGGCGCGGGCAUGGGCCGCUCCUACGCGCCCUACCACCACCACCAGCCCGCGGCGCCCAAGGACCUGGUGAAGCCGCCCUACAGCUACAUCGCGCUCAUCACCAUGGCGAUCCAGAACGCGCCGGAGAAGAAGAUCACCCUGAACGGCAUCUACCAGUUCAUCAUGGACCGCUUCCCCUUCUACCGGGACAACAAGCAGGGCUGGCAGAACAGCAUCCGCCACAACCUCUCGCUCAACGAGUGCUUCGUCAAGGUGCCGCGCGACGACAAGAAGCCGGGCAAGGGCAGCUACUGGACGCUGGACCCGGACUCCUACAACAUGUUCGAGAACGGCAGCUUCCUGCGGCGCCGGCGGCGCUUCAAGAAGAAGGACGUGCCCAAGGAGAAGGAGGACCGCUCCCGCCUCAAGGAGCCGCCCCCCGCGGCGGCCAAGGGCGCCCCGGCCGGGCCCCCGCCGGCCGAGGCACCCAAGGAGGCCGAGCAGAACGUGGUGGUCAAGAGCGAGGCGGCGUCGCCCGCGCUGCCGGUCAUCACCAAGGUGGAGACGCUGAGCCCCGAGAGCGCGCUGCGGGGCAGCCCGCGCAGCGCGGCCUCCACGCCCGCCGGCUCGCCCGCGGGCUCGCUGCCCGAGCACCACGCAGCGGCGCCCAACGGGCUGCCCGGCUUCAGCGUUGAGAACAUCAUGACGCUGCGAACGUCGCCGCCGGGCGGCGAGCUGAGCCCCGCGGCCGGGCGCGCGGGCCUGGUGGUGCCGCCGCUGGCGCUGCCCUACGCGGCCGCGCCGCCCGCCGCCUACGGCCAGCCGUGCGCGCAGGGCCUGGAGGCCGGGGCCGCCGGGGGCUACCAGUGCAGCAUGCGCGCCAUGAGCCUGUACACCGGGGCCGAGCGGCCGGCGCACAUGUGCGCCCCCGCCGCCCUGGACGAGGCCCUCUCGGACCACCCGGGCGGCCCCACGUCGCCCCUGAGCGCCCUCAACCUCGCCGCCGGCCAGGAGGGCGCGCUCGCGGCCGCGGGCCACCACCACCAGCACCAGCACCAGCACCACCCGCACCACGGCCACCACCACCCGCAGGCGCCGGGGCCGCCGCCGCCGCCGGCUCAGCAGCCGCAGCCGCAGCCGGCGCCGCAGCCCGGGGCCGCCGCGGCCCAGGCCACCUCCUGGUACCUCAACCACGGCGGGGACCUGAACCACCUCCCGGGCCACGCGUUCGCGACCCAGCCGCAGACUUUCCCCAACGUGCGGGAGAUGUUCGGCUCCCACCGGCUGGGAAUGGAGAACGCGACCCUCGGGGAGCCCCAGGCGAGCGGCAGCGCGAGCUGUCAGCUGCCCUACAGGUCCACGCCGACCCUCUACCGCCACGCAGCCCCCUACUCCUACGACUGCACCAAGUACUGACCUGCCCCGGCCUGCCCCCGCCGCCCCCAGGUCCUAA